AUGGAGACGAUGUUUCUCAACAUAGCGUUUCAAGCAGAAGUGAACAGAUCAGAAGAUCCAGAUUAUGAGGAGGUCGCGCGUCGAAAUUGUAAUGAAGACCCCAAUACUAGGAAGACGGCUAUAGAGGAACUUAGAAAUAUGAUAUAUGAAAGAGGUCAAUGUACACCUCGUCGGAUGGAUGACGCCUAUCUUCUACGCUUCCUACGGUGUAGAAGAUUCAUACCAGCGCUGGCGCAUAAACUUAUGAUUCGUUACGAAGACUUUCGUCGAAAAAAUGCGUAUUUGUACGAUUGUAGCGCGUUUGGUUUACAAAGCGUGAAAAACGUUUAUGGAGGAACAUUGCCGGACAGUCCGGUCAACGGACGCAUUACGCUUAUGAGGUUCGGAAGAUGGAACUCCGAAGAAGUGCCUAUUGAAGACGUAGUCCGCUGCGCAUUAAUAAUGGAUGAAAUAGCAGCGAUGCAACCGAGACUGCAGAUCCUCGGCGUCACUAUUAUCGUGGACUUGGAAGGACUUGGAGUGCGACACGUCAGCAAAUUAACGAGAACUGUAGCGAGCCAAAUAGUUGCUUUGAUGGGGGUGUCCUUCCCAAUAAAUAUUCACGGAGUACACGUGGUGAACUACAACUGGUUCCUGAGCACUUUCUUCAGUCUCUUCAAGCAGUUCAUUCCAACGGCCGCAUGGGCGCGCUUACAUUUCCAUGGCUACGACAUGAGUUCGCUCCAUAAACAUAUACAUCCUGAGUACUUACCCCCCGAAUACGGAGGCCAGUGCCAACACGUCAUCAGUACAGAGGAGUGGCUACGGAAAAUCAAUAUCUACAAAGACGACUUCAUGGUGGAAGAGUUGCGGGCAUUGGGGUUCAAAGUUGAGAACGAGAAAUGUGAUAAAUGGUAUGAUGUUUAA